CGCGCGGAGCCUUUGAAAGCUCUCGGGGGCGCGGGUUCGCKCCCUCAGCGGGGCUGGCCCGGCCCGGCCCGGCCGGAGACACUGGGGCCGAGGGUACGGGCUGCUUUGAGACCCCGAGCCGCGGGGACUGGGAAGCAUGGCUGCUAAGAAACUAAGAAGAGCACAGUUGUCUCAAGAGCUGUGUGAAAGGCUGAGUCGCUAUCAGAUCACUACCUGUCAGGACUUCUUAUGUCUUUCCCUCUUGGAGCUAAUGAAAGUGACAGGACAGAGCUACUAUGAGGUGCAGAAACUUCUUCAUAAAGUGAGCCGAGCUUGUGCUCCCAAAAUGCAGACAGCUUAUGAAAUGAAACUAAGGAAGUCUGUCAAUCCUUCUUCAGCCUUUUUAUCCACCACGCUUCAUAGUUUGGAUAGAGUCUUGCAUGGUGGAGUGCCUUGUGGAUCCCUCACAGAGAUAACUAGCCCACCAGGAUGUGGAAAAACUCAGUUUUGYAUUAUGAUGAGUGUUCUGGCUACACUGCCUGUAAGCAUGGGAGGACUGGAUGGGGCUGUCAUAUACAUUGACACAGAGUCUGCGUUCAGUGCAGAAAGGKUGAUUGAGAUAGCAGCAAACAGAUUCCCUACAUAUUUUGACUCAGAUGAAAAGCUGUUCUGCAUGACCAGUAGCGUUCACCUGUACCGAGAGCUGACCUGUUGCAGUGUACUGAAGAGGAUUAUGUCUUUGGAAGAAGAAAUUAUUUCAAAGAAAGUUAAACUCAUAAUAAUUGACUCUGUUGCUUCAGUUGUCAGAAAGGAGUUUGACACAAAACUCCAGGGCAAUCUGGCAGAGAGAAGUAACUUUUUGACUAGAGGGGCAUCAGUGUUGAAGUAUUUGGCAGAGGAGUUCUCAAUACCAGUUAUCUUGACGAAUCAGAUUACCACAUCRCUGAGCAGUGUUCCUGCGCUCCAGGCAGACCUGGUGUCUCCAGCUGAUGAUUUGUCCCUGUCUGAAGGAUCGUCUGUAAGUGGGAGGAAGGAUUCUGGUUGUGUGACAGCAGCCCUUGGCAACACGUGGAGUCACAGUGUCAACACCAGGCUCAUACUCCAGUAUCAUGCCUUGCCAACAAGACAGCUCCUGGUUGCUAAAUCCCCCGUUGCUCCAUUCUCUGCAUUUUKCUACACCAUUGAGAAAUCAGGCUUGGUUCUUCAGGGCUCUAAUUCCCAAAAAGCAAGAUACUGGAGAGCACAAGGACAAGGCACAGAGUGCUCAGCUGUGGAACACCCUGCUUUUCCAGACCAAAAGGAYCAAACAAAUUUAAUUUGGGAAGGAACCAAUCCUGCCCUGCAGCCCAUACGAGUGAGGACCACUGCUUUGAAAGAUACUUUACUUGAUGCUGCUUUACCCAGCRCUGGUGGUGAGACUUCAAGCAAUACAUCAAAUCUGUAGAAAGGACAAACAAAACCUCCCCAAAGACUUGAAUGAAUGACAACAUCGCUUUUCAAAAAUCUGGUGAAACAGAGAGUGAACAUUCUUCUUCUUUUGUCUCUUCAAAGAUUAACUUUAAAACCAAGUGCUGUUCUUUGUAUAUGUGGGGCCAUACUUAACUCUGAACUUACGAAAAGUCUGUAUUUUGUUUAGGCUAAUUUAAGUUACUUAAUAAUAAAAGCCUAUGAACAACAUGCAUGCUACUGAGGAAGAACAGGCCACAUGUGCCUUCCUAAUUCACCUCACCACCUCAUYAAUUUGGAGCAAUCAACAGCCAAGCACAGGAGUGUCCACAGCCUAUAACAUAGUGAAACACUCACUUCUUUUUUAUAAGAGAAUGAACCUGCUUGUUGACUUGAUUAAGAAGCAAUAGUACAGCAAGCACUUAUUCCUGUAACUCACUUGGAAAUCAUCAAAGAUGACGUAAGAGUUGCAAAUAGAUGGGCUCUGAGUGUUCAGAAUGUUAGGAGAACAGGUAGCAAUCCAAACGGUGGGAAGAUCRAUGUGUGUUACAGCUGCCCAGCUUUCUCUGUCUUCAAAGCACUUUUGAAGUAUUCACUACACAACUGCAAACCACAUAACUAUUUACUCACCUUCCAGACUUAGAGAACCUAUGACUUGCUCAAGGCCGCUAAAAGCAUCACUGUGCUGCAGUCAGGAUCUGGUUGUUGCCAGCUCUCAAGCCUACAGGAAAGCCAUGGGUUCAGUUAGUGCCAGCUGCCAAUGCAUGGUCACCAUUGGCCUGAGAGGCUGGUUCUGUCCUUUGCCAUCACAGGGAAAGCCUCCCUGAGCACCCUCGAGGGAAGCAGAAUAACCUGUACAGAAAUACGAGAGGUGUGGAGUACUGCUGAGGUGGCUGUGGGUAACCCAGCAGGGAAUUCAGUCACCCUGAGGCCACCUGGGGCAGAGAGGUGGGCAGGUUGCCAUCUGCUAUUCGUGAGGCAGCCCRGGGUGAUGAGAGAUUUCCUGGGAGCACACAGCCCCUGUAAAAAAGUACUGCACACCCUUAACCAUGGCAGUGCAAGAGACAUGGAAGCUGGUGUCGCAUCACUCGCAGCCACCAGACAGGGUGGCACGGAGAGGGCAUUUCUGCAGCUAUCUGCUUACACGCCUGCUCACACAGCUUUGGGCUCUCCUUUAACAAGGAAGUUUCCAUCACAACAAGGAAGCUGCUGCAUUUCAAUAAGCUAUUUCUAAAAGCUAAUACAUUUCACCCUGGGGAAGAGCAAUUUUCCAGCUUCAGUGUUACCAGUUUUGUGCUUUGAAGAGACCUUUGUAACGUGUAAUUUUAAUUUUGUUUUAGCUAAGAUUUAGAUUUUCUUCUUGACAGUGCUGCACUACUGGCCACUCAAACCCUGCUGAACUUGCUUGUCGCCAUUUUAUCUUGAUAUCUUGUAAAUAUUUGGUAGAGCACUCAGACAGAGAAGUGUUUUUUGCUCUUACAGUCACAUGCCUGCUUCCAGGACCUUUCAGAAGUACAAAAGACUGAAAGCAGGGAAAAUUCCAUUGAGAUACAUUCAAGUCUCCAGGGAGCAACUGCACUCUGUUUAGACUAAAAAUUCUCAUUGCUGCCUCUCCCUGUUUUAAAAAACAUGGAAGGAUAGAGAGGGGAAACUAGAGAGUUUCAUUAUUGUAAACAUGCAAGCACUGUUUUCACUCAUGAAAUGCAAGCACAGUUUUCACUCAUCUUUUUAAUAUUGCAGAACCAUUUCCARUUGAAGAGGGAGAUAAGCUUUUCAAUUCUCUCUGCACUACCAGGGAAAUUUCCAUCCAGUUCUAAAAUGUUUUACAACCUAGUGAAUUAAAGCUUAAUCCCCUUCUUCUCAUCCCCAUGAAGCAAGUACAGUUUAAAGACGGGGCUAAUAAGACUAAAAUAGUUGUGCUUUGCAGAAGUCACAUGGGCAGCAUGGUAAGAGGACUUUGGUCUUUGAGUCCCAGCAUUCUGUCAUAUGGCACAGACAACACACAUUCUCUCCCUUUCCAAGGGUUUCCUCUAUUUCCCUUCCUAGGAUAUAGUGGAAACAUGUUGGCAUCAUACCUUGAGAUAACCUUGAGUUUUGCCCAUUGCUCACAACUGCUGUCCCAUGGAAUUAAGAUAUUGAAAAGAUCAAAGAGGAAUGUGAAGUGGGGGAAAAAAUUCAAGUCACUGCUUUGAGUAUGUUCUGCCUCCACUGCUGCCAGUGGAGUUGGUGGUCUAUUGGGAGCAACCUCAAACAUUUUUACAUGUACUUCCAUAUAAUGUUCAGGCAGGACUGUAGUAGAAGUGCCAUAAUCAAAAAGAGAGCUUGGCUGACAGAAAAUUGGACAGAUGAGCCAAUAAGACACUUCUGUAUUGAAUAUAUGUAAUUUCAUUAUCCUUCUAUUUGUGACCUGCGUUUCUUACUGCUUCUUAUUACCAGAAUCUUGUAAUUAUUGCUGCAGCCAUCUCUUUCACCUCUUCAGAACAGAGGGGUAAUCCAUCAGCCAGUUCUUCUCCAGUGGUAUGAGUGAGCUUUUUACCAGGGGAGUUGGCCUCAGUUGAAGAGGCCAACAGGGCCCAGCAGGCCAAGCAAAAAGCAAUGUAUACAAGUCAUGGAGUGGAAGAGAAUAAAACAUUUACAGUUUUAAAAUUAUUUUUCCCUUAGCUUCCCUUGAUCACUCUGAUAGAUAACAAGACGUGCAAAGCUGGAUGUGUACUGACAGUGGCCAGUGUCAGCAGGAAUGAGAGCUUCUCGCACUGUGCAGACAAACCUGAAAUCAGUCAGCUCCCAAAACCAGAUCAGUGUGCACCAGCUAUUCCAGUCCCUGUAGCUGAGAGAUACUGGGAGGAAAAUCAGUUCUCCUGUCUGUCCUGUGACCUUACAGCAUAGCCCAGCACUAGAACCUUUGGUCUCUUAAAGCUGUUACCUUCUGUGACAAGGCCCCAGCACUGUUCCUUGGGUAAGCUGCUCCUGUAGCACCCUUCCCCACAGAGGAUCCCGACUCACUGCAAAUGCUGUGCACAGUGCUCAUUUCAUUCCCUGCUGAAAGGCAGCCAGGCCUGAGGUGGAACAUGGCAAGCGCCUCRCCGCACCUGGCAACUCCACACAGCUGCUGAAAGCGAGUGAGGAAAAAAGCAGUGUACAAAUGCAGGGGAAUUUUCACAUAGGCAGGAUGUAAUUAGCAGAGCUGGAAUCUGGCCAGAGCGUGGGGUUAAAACACUGGCUUGCAGGUAACACACUGGGAUCUUUCAUAAUUCAAAUGCUCAGGAUCUCCCGUUUCCAUUUUACCUGGAAGAUGUCAGAGGACCGUUCCCUGUUUAAUGGUCAUGGGCAGCUCUCGAACAUCUGACACAAAGGAAGAAGUGUCUGAAUGGUGCUGCACCUGCAGAGYUUCUCUGCCAGCAAUUGCCCACCAUGAGCAGCAGCUGAAAGGAUCACACGCUGGCACGGCUACGGCCGUGCUGCUGUAAAACACGGCUCCGUGCCUUGGGGUUCACUUCACCCCUGACCCUCAGUACUCACUUUUCAGGCCCCAAAUUCCUUCCAAACAGAAAGAGAAGAUGAUACAAUUAGGGCAACACCUCACACAUAAAACACAAGAGAGAGAAUAUUACUGUUAAGUGCUGCUUUCCUAUUCUCUGCUAUUUGAAAUAGUACCAGAUAGCUAUUGGAGAACAGAGAACAGCACUUCCCCCAGUGUAGAUGAGUGAGCUUUUCCAACUGGCCUUGCUGGUAAUACACAGACCGUGAAGAGCUUUUGCCGCCUCCUUCCUUCCAGCUGGGAAAUCACGUUCAAAGCAGCAAAACUUCUUUUUCCACUUCAUGAUCUCAUUUUCUGUAUAAGCAAUUUUUGUGUUUACUACAAGGAUGUUGAAUGUCCACAAAAGGUCAAGGAAGUCAUUCACGAAACUCACGUGUGUAAAGCCUCCACAAUGUUUCUACCAUGAUGUGGCCCACGGUCUGAAAUAUAAAUAAUUGCAAACCUCUAAGCCCUCGUCAGUCAGACCUGCAGACUUGUGCAGUUAAGGAGCUGACUUCCUCUGUGGUGCAGUGUGUGCAAGCAAAACAAGAAGUGUUCUUGCUAUCUGAAAAAGCAUAAUCUCUGCGUCAGUAAGUCAUAAAAAAGGGACCCCUCCUCUGCCUUUGAGKGCUUCCCAUGCCAGCCUUUGAUUUAGGGGAGGGGCUGGGAGGGGGAGCUUGUUUGCUUAGGCUGCCGUGUAAGCCCCCUCUUUGUCAAGUGUCGUUUAAUACAACCACCAACCAAACAUGACGAGAGCACCUCAGUCAGUGGGACAACAAACCUACACACAGCCUCCAGUGGCAAAGUGUGCUGGGGAGAGUAAAGAACGGGCAGCUGCAGGCAACAGGAAAUCCAGCACUAAUAAAUAAAAUGUCUUAUAGCCAGAAAGAGGAAAUAAACAGCAGCAGCACAGGCUGAGAGGACAGAAGAGAGGAACACAGCAUAACUGUGGCAUGGGAAUCACUGAGUUACAGUGAGCUUAUUUUUACAGAACGUUGUCCUGGUUUGUUAUGUGUUCAGACUGCAAAAAAAAAAAUGGGGGAGUGGGGGCACUGCUCAAAGAGAGGGGCUCUAUCAGACGUUGUCAACAACCACUGUAAUUAAGGAAGCAGCCAGAGCACACACAACCAGAGCUGCUGCCAAACUGAAAUGA